CUAUGAUUACACCACGCCAAAACUCCACAGAUUAACAUUAACCUCUGCAAAAUUUUGUUGAUCAAAAAAUGGCUUCUCCUAUGGUUUCCUGCUUCUCCACUCUGCUCCUACUAAUCAUCUCCGCCGCGGCGGACGAGUUCAAGGUCGGUGGCGACGAGGGCUGGCGCGAGCCCACUGUCGCCAACGAGACCGGCAUGUACAAAAAGUGGGCCGAAACCUUGAGAUUCCAUGUCCAAGAUUCUCUACGUUUUGUGUACAAGAAUGAUUCGGUUAUGGUGGUGGAGAAAUCGGGAUACUACCACUGCAACUCGAGCAAGCCGGCCUCGGUUUUCAAGGACGGGAACACGGUGAUCGGUCUCGAGCGAACCGGGCCGGCGUAUUUCGCGAGCGGAGAUCCGGGCCACUGCAAGAACGGGCAGAGGUUGCUCGUGGAGGUCGUGACGCUGCACCCGAUUUCCGGGUCGUCGCCCCGGGCACCGUCCCCGUCUGGAGCUGUGGGGUCCACAUCGGUUGUGGCUCAACUGGUUUUGCUCUAUCUUCUUGUUGUUGCUGCUGCUUCUAGUCAUGUUUAAGUUGGUAGUAUUAAUCUGGUGAAUUAGUGUUUUUGGAAAAUGUGUUUAUUUAACUUGUUUGUUGUAAUUGUGUUUUGAAUAUUUGAUAUGUGUUUUUUCGUUAUUGAUGGUUUUGUGCUGUUUGAGUUUGUUUUAA